AUGUCAGGAUCACGAAAAAGAGAUAGAAGAAAUUCAGAGGAUUUCAGGGGCGAGCCACCCUCGUCUCCUAACCUCCCAAUGGCAAAUUUGGCUUCUUCUCCUCCUGCUUUUGAGGACGAAGAUGAACUUAUCCAAGAGGAUGUUAUUGACGACUUGGAUGAAUUGGCUGAAGAAGAAGCCGGUGAAGAUUUAUUUGGCGAUAAUAUGGAGCGUGAUUAUAUGGAAUCUAGACAAAAUGAUCAGUACGAUUUAGGUGAUCAAAAUAUUGACGACAACGAAUACGACGACUUGGAUAUUAGUGCAAGAAGACAAGUUGACGCUCAGUUGAAUCGUCGUGAUAGGCAAAUUCGUAACCAAAGAGGUCUGCCUGAUGCUUUCUUAGAUGAUGGUGAUGGGUACGAUGACUUGGUACCCCCCACUACUCGUCGUCGACGGAAUCAGUAUGACGAGGAUUUGGCCAUGGACAAUUCAGACGACGAUGACCCAAUGAACGAAAUUCUAUCUCUAGAAAGUUUAGGCGAUGUCAAGGCGGAAUCAAUUGCCGAGUGGGUAUCACAACCUUCAGUACAUCGGAGUGUAGCCAGAGAGUUUAAGAACUUUUUGCUAGAAUAUACCGAUGAGAACGGUCGUUCAGUAUAUGGUAAUAGAAUUAGAACCCUUGGUGAGGUUAAUAGUGAAUCUCUGGAGAUUGUUUAUACACACUUGGUUGAAUCCAAAGCCACUUUGGCCUAUUUCCUGGCUGUAGCACCAACAGAAAUUCUGAAAAUUUUUGACGUUGUUGCUAUGGAAGCCAUUGAGUUGCAUUAUCCUGAGUAUUCUCGCAUCCAUGCAGAGGUACAUGUUAGAAUUUCGGGUCUCCCAACGACAUUCACUUUAAGAGAUUUAAGAGAAAAUCAUCUCAACUCACUGGUGCGGGUCACUGGAGUUGUCACAAGAAGAACAGGUGUCUUCCCCCAGUUGAAAUAUGUGAAGUUCAACUGUCCCAAAUGUGGUAUGAUUCUUGGUCCGUAUUUCCAGGAUUCUAAUACAGAAGUGACUAUUUCAUUUUGUCAUUCUUGUCAAUCUAGAGGUCCGUUUAUUCUAAACUCGGAGAAGACGGUGUAUAGGAAUUACCAAAAAAUAACCCUACAAGAAUCUCCUGGUACGGUACCAGCCGGAAGGUUGCCUCGUCACAGAGAAGUUAUUUUGCUGUGGGAUCUGAUAGACGUAGCGAAGCCCGGUGAAGAGGUUGAUAUAACUGGCAUUUAUAAGAAUUCAUAUGAUGGUGGUCUUAACGCCAAAAAUGGGUUCCCUGUUUUUGCAACAGUCAUUGAAGCCAAUUUAGUACAACGAAGGGAAGCUGGUAAGACAGGUGAUUUUACUCUCACAGAAGAAGAAGAAAGAGAGAUCCGUACUCUGGCUAAGUCAAAGGACAUAAUUAACACCAUCAUUCGUUCUAUCGCCCCGUCAAUUUACGGUCACAAAGACAUCAAAACUGCUCUUGCCUGUUCUUUGUUCGGUGGUGUAGCCAAGAGACAAGAGAAACACACAGUCAGAGGUGAUAUCAACGUACUUCUUCUUGGUGAUCCUGGAACAGCAAAAUCACAAUUGCUUAAAUAUGUUGAGAAAACAGCACACAGAGCAGUUUUUGCUACUGGUCAAGGAGCUUCAGCCGUUGGUUUAACGGCAUCGGUGCGAAAGGAUCCUAUUACCAGAGAAUGGACUCUGGAAGGUGGUGCCUUGGUACUUGCUGAUAAAGGUACUUGUUUGAUUGAUGAGUUUGAUAAGAUGAACGAUCAAGACCGUACAUCUAUCCACGAAGCUAUGGAACAACAGUCUAUCAGUAUCUCCAAGGCAGGUAUUGUUACUUCACUUCAGGCUAGAUGUGCUGUUAUUGCCGCAGCCAAUCCUAAUGGAGGCAGAUAUAAUUCCACUAUUCCAUUUGCUGCCAAUGUGGACCUUACGGAACCCAUUUUAUCACGUUUUGAUGUUUUAUGUGUGGUACGUGACACUGUUGAUCCUGAAGUAGAUGAAAUGCUGGCUAAGUUUGUAGUAACUUCUCACACAAAGAACCACCCUCUCGAUCCGGGUGAAGGCAAUAGUGGGUUACAACAGGAAGAUGAAGAUGAUGAUAUGGGUGAGGAAGAAGAGGAAGAUCUUUUGGCCUCUCUCCAGCCUAAUGCUGGAGCCACUAUAUCUCAGGAACUUCUUCGCAAGUACAUACACUAUGCGCGUACCAAAUUUCAACCAAGACUUUCACAGCAAUACGAAGGAAAAAUUGGUAGUAUUUAUAGUGAGAUUCGUCAAUAUUCUCGUAACACUGGCUCAUUCCCAAUCACUGUUCGACACUUGGAGAGUAUUAUUCGAUUGAGUGAGAGUUUUGCAAAGAUGCGUUUAAGCGAAAAUGUAUCGGAGGGUGAUGUAAACAGAGCUAUUUCUGUCACCAUCGACUCAUUUGUUGGUGCCCAGAAGUCCAGUUUACGAAGAAGUCUUAGACGAAGUCUUAUGAAAUAUACUUAUAAUAACUAG